AUGCAAGGAAAUGGUGGAUGUUGUGGUCCCAAUUGUUACCAACAAGAUCACAAGAUAGAUGAACCUAUUAAAGUCAGCCAACCAGGUGGACUAUUCACAGGUCGAACUACAUUUAAAGCAGUGUUGGUUGGAUCAUCCAAUGUCGGAAAGACAACGCUACAACAUCGAAUCGGUGGUACACCAAUCGAUUGUGUGACCUCUACAAUAGGUGCUGCUUUCUAUCAAGUUACACUUAGAGGAGCCAUUUAUGAAAAUGAAGCUCUUAAAAUGAAUCUUUGGGAUACUGGAGGAAUAGAGAAAUUUAAUGAAUUUAAUCUAUCUGCAUUAUAUUUUAGAGGUGCAGACUUUAUCUUUUUAGUGUUUGAUCUAUUUGAUCGUAAAUCUUUUAUAGAUUUACCUCUAUGGUUGGAAAAUGCCAAUCGAGUAGACAGUGCUCGUCGCAUACCACCAUACACAAUUCUCAUUGGCAACAAAACGGAUUUGGAAACAAAGAAAAGAGAGAGACUCGUAACACUGGAUGAAGCUCAAACAUUUGCUUUGACAAGAGGACUACAAUACAUUGAAACUAGUGCUAUCCGAAAUGAGAAUUGUGAAGAAAUUAAAGAGUUGGUCAUGCAACAUAUCAACAAAACAAUUAAAAAAGAAAAAGAAAAGAAAGAAAAUAGAGCAAUGGAAAAGGAAAAGGAAAAAGAAAAGGAAAUAGAGGGGUCAUCGUCGUUGGACGGACAAAAGAAGAACAAAUAA